AUGCUCGCCCUAGCUCUAACCGCUCUGCUCUGCAAAGACGCGUAUACCGAAGUUCGUCGACGGCAGAAGUACAAGAAGAUAUUGAAGAAGAUUCGGAAUGGGGAAGCUACAGCGGAGGAUUAUGCUGAAUUGAGGAGGUUGACUGAGAGGAUUCCGACCUUUGGCAGCAGUGGGAGGAGGAUGGAUCCUUAUCGAAGCCAUGGGGCAGUGGUUCACCCGCCUGAACCAGAGUCGUUGGGUGUAUCGAGCUUGGAUAGUGCGGCCGCGAGGAGGAGGGCAUCGGAGGGUGGGAGUUGGAUGAGGAGGCCGUGGAGGGUUAGUAGGGGAUUCAGCUUACCCAGUCUCAGCGGGGGUACCAGAGGCGGCGGCGGUGGUUUGCUAGGAAGUUCAGGAAGAAGCGACACUCUCCCUCCUAGGAGGACGUACAACCAGCUUAUUGCACACCGGCAUAAUUUGAGCGAGUUGGGGUAUGCGGAUAGGUCGGUGAAUGUGGCGAAGAAGGUUGUUCCGGCGGAUGUGAGGGCGAGUGUGUCGCAGCCGGUCCAUGGGGUUUCUGGUGUGGACAUGGGGACGAGAGGAUUGGAGCAAUUGGCUGGAGGGGGACGCACGACACCGCCCCCGCCGUAUGCGCCGUCUCUGGAUCCAGAGGAUAGUGGGCUGGGAAUAGUAUUAGAACGAGAAGAGGAAGAAACUGGGGUAGAAAGGGCGCCUUCGCUUCGUCAUGCGUAUACAGCUGGGUAG